ACAAGCCAGCAGCCAAACGCGCGCGCACACACCUAUAGUACGGACACAGCUGGCGGACCCCGUUGCCCGGAGAGUAGAAGCCAACACCGCGUGUGAAUCGAAGCCGUUUUCAACGGGUGCGUUCUCGCUGAACCCUGGAUCUACCUGACAAAAAAAGAAGAAAAAAAAACUGUUGUUUGCUCAGUGCACUCGGUCUUGGAUCUUGGAUUCUCAAUAAGAAACUAUGAUUUUUGACGGGAGGAUUUUCUGCAAAUUAAAUGAGAUACAUUGAAGAAAGGAAUAUUAAGGUUUGUCUUUUGCUGGUAAAGAUCUGAGUCAAACGCCAAAGCAUGAGCGCGGACAUCAGCCAGGGGGCGGUGAGGACCCCUCCCCCGCCCGUACCGGGCCAGAAAGAGAAGUACUUCGAUCGGAUCGACGAGAACGACCCGGAGUACCUCCGGACCCGGAACAUGUCCCCGGACCUGAGGCAGGACUUCAACAUGAUGGAGCAGAAGAAGAGAGUCACGCAGAUCCUGCAGAGUCCGGCAUUUAAGGAUGAGCUGGAAGGCCUGAUCCAGGAGCAGAUGAACAAGGGAAAUAACCCCUCGGGGCUGCUGGCCUUGAGGCAGAUCGCAGACUUCUUCAUGGCCAGUAGUGUGGCCGGCUUCUCCACGUCUCCCCUGAGCCUUGGAAUGGUUACUCCUAUCAAUGACAUGUAUGGAACCGAGCCUUCCACUAUGGUGAAGGGGGAAAAACAAACUCGCUGCAAACUGGCCAGCCUGUACCGACUGGUAGACAUGUUCAGCUGGGCACACUUGGCUAGCUCCUACAUCACAGUCCGGGUCAGCAAAGAACAGGACCACAUUCUGAUUCUUCCCAGAGGCCUGUCUUUCGCCGAAGCCACGGCAGCAAAUUUGGUCAAAGUCAACAUCAUCGGGGAGGUGGUGGACCAGGGAUCCACCAACCUGCAGAUCGACCACUCCGGGUUCAGCCCCCACUCCGCCAUCUACUCCAUGCGCCCGGACGCCAGGUGCAUCGUCCACAUCCACACCCCCGCCACCGCCGCCGUGUCGUCUAUGAAAUGUGGAAUCCUCCCCAUAUCCCAAGAGGCCCUUUGUCUGGGAGAUAUUGCGUACUACAACUACCAAGGGAGCCUCGACGGGCAGGAGGAGAGGCUCGAGCUCCAGAAAGCCUUAGGCCCGUCCGCCAAGGUUCUGGUUCUGAGGAAUCAUGGGAUGGUUGCUCUGGGUGAAACCAUAGAAGAGGCCUUUUAUUACAUUUACAACGCCCAGUACGCCUGCGAAAUCCAGGUAAGCGCCUUCUCCUGUGCCGGAGGUGUGGAUAAUUUAAUAGUGCUGGACAUGGAGAAGUACAAGGCGCGGACCCACGGGGUGACCAUGGCUGAGAUCAACAUGGGCAGCCAGCAGAAGUGGAGGCUUGGAGAAAUGGAGUUCGAGUCACUUAUGAGGAUGCUGGACAAUCUGGGUUACCGGACGGGCUACGCCUACAGGCACCCCAUAAUAAGAGAGAAGCCCCGGCACAAGAGCGACGUGGAGAUCCCCGCCACGGUGACGGCCUUCAUGUUCGACGAGGAGGAGGGCGUGCCGCGCUUCCCCUUCAAGUUCCUGGCGCACCGGCAGCAGAAGGAGAAGACCAGGUGGCUCAACUCGCCCAACAGCUACAUGAGGGUGAACGUGACCGAGGGCUCGGUCAGCGAGGAGAGCAGCGCCAGGACGAAGACGAUGUGGAUGAAGUCAGAAGAUGCCAGCAAUGGCAGUGGCACUCCAAUCAGAAUUGAGGACCCCAACCAGUUUGUUCCUCUGAACACAAACCCCAAUGACGUGCUGGAGAAAAGAAACAAGAUCAGGGAGCAGAACAGAUUCGACCUGAUGACAGCUGGACCCCAGUCUCAGCUGUUGGCCGGCAUCGUUGUGGACAGGACACCUGGGCCCCGCGUGAUUCUGGACGAUGAGCAGACAGGGCCCCUGCCUCCGAACCCCUUCAGUCAGCUGUCUGAGAGGGAGCUGGAGGAGUACAGGAGGAGAGUGGAGCGCCGACAGCUCGGACUCGAGGAUGCCGAGCACGAGCUAACGUCCGAUGACGGUUCCACUCUCUCUCAGUCUCUGUCACAAACUCAGUCUCCGCAAAUAACUCCAGCAAAUGAAGAGAACCACGCGGACGGCGUGCCCAACGGGAAGGAGGACGCGCACGACGCCGAGGACGACCUGAGCAAGCGCGUGAGCCGGCUCACCACCGGCGGCGAGAGCGUGGAGAUCACCGUCAGGGGCGGGGAGACCAUCGAGGAGGCCCUGACCCCCGACAGCUCCCCCUCCAAGUCCCCCAACAAGAAGAAGAAGAAGUUCCGCACUCCCUCCUUCCUGAAAAAGAACAAGAAGAAGGAGAAGGCCGAGGCCUGAGGAAAGGGCAGAUCCUGUAGUUUGUUUGUUUUUUUUUAUGGCGGAUGGGAGCUGUGGGGGAUGUGGGGGAGGGGGGGGGUUGCUUGUAGUUUUUUUGUAUUUAAUUUCUUUUUCUUUCUAAACAAUUGUUUCAAUUGAUAAAAAUGACACUGCGCGUAUGGGGGGAGAUGUUUAUUGAAUUGGCCGCGCUGUGUUUUGGGGUUUAUUUUUGCCUUCUACAGACAGGAAAUAGGGGUUUGGUGUGCGAGAUGUUUGGGGAAGUAUUAGCACCUGAUAAAAAAAGGAAUCCCUGCUAAACUGGUUCUUCCACCGUCCCAUUCUCUUCCACUGUGGGGCUCCUGAAAUGUGAAAUCCUCACUUUUUUAUCUCCAUUCCCCUCUCCCCUCCUCCCCCAUGUUUCAUUAUAUUUGGCCAACUGUGGAGGAUUUGGAUGUGUACAGACUGCAGUUCACUGCCCAGCAGAGAUUUUCUUAUGUAUUCACGCUACCUUACAAAAUCUCUGCCUUUGAUGCAGACCAUGCCUCUUUUGUUUGUUUUUGGGGGUUUUUAUUCCCUUUCCCUUCCACUCAUGUCCUGGUCACUUGAUCUACAGUGAGACCCAGUGAGGUCCAGUUGGGAAAGCUAGGCAGCCGAUGUUAUGGGCCACACUGGAAAACUGUUAAAGGAGAGAAAAAAAAGAACGAACAGGGUUUUUAAAGAUUGAAUAGGCCUACUUAUUGGGGUCUCCACAGGUCAAACGUCUGUGAGAACGCCAUGCCUGUAUUCAUGUGUUCAAAGAAGCUAUUAAUUCUGCACUGACUUUGUUUUCAACCUGUGUAGCAUUGUACCUGGAGCCUUUCUUCUCUCUUUUUGUUUUUGCCAAAUGAAAAAAGAAAACAUCACGUUUUAGUGAAUUUUAAGCUCAUCUUACAGUCUCGCUUUUAAUCGCAUUUUGAUUUUAAAACACAAAAAAGUUGUGAAACAAACGUUUAUUUUUCUCUUUUUUUUGUAGAGAACACGAAUCUGUAUUAGUCCAUUUAGUUUUAUACUCUUUUCUUAUACUUUUACAGACAUCAUGGAUUUACGCAUGUUUUGCAAGAGUCUAAAUUUAUAUGGCUGACAAUUUAGUAAUGCCUGGUUUCUCAAAUGAUAUAUCAUUGUUAUAAAGGCAUUGUAGCUCAGAUUACUAAAAUAAAAUAUAUAAAGGAUAUAUAGCAUAUAUAUAUAUAUAUAUAUUAAAAAAACUGGAUUAAGUGAUUAUAGAUUUUUUAAUGAUAUAUUUUUAUUUUACUGUGCUGCACUUUUAUUGUGGUAUAUAACAAGUCACAUGCAGUUUGGAGAUGUAACCAAAUGAAGGAAAACAGAGGGCAAAGGGACAGGUCGCGAAGGUUGUAGAAUGACUAGUCGCAGGACAGUGUAUGGCGUACAAUUUAGGCAUUUGAAAGUGAGUUGUAGGACAAUGGUAAAUGUUUGUGUUAUGCAUUGAAGUCUAUAUAGUUUAAGUUUGAUAAAAUGUUGAUUCUAUAUAUAUAUAUAUAUAUAUAUAUAUAUAUAUAUAUAUAUAUAUAUAUAUAUAUAUAUACAUACAUAUAUUAGUAUGCGUUUGUGUGAAGUACACACGCGCACACAUGCAUAGAAAAGCAGGCCAUUGGAAUGGGCCAGUGUUGGCAUAUACUUGUUAUUUGGUGUGUUAUAGCGUUGAAGCCAUAUAUAUUAUCCUGUGUUUCGACCAUUGAGACAAGGGUUGAGAGUAGAUCUUCCUGCAUGGGGUGGGCACCAGCAUUGCAGUGUGGGCCCCAGGGUUACCCCCAUCAUCACCACCCAUAAGUCACCCGUGCAACUGUGAAAGCUUACCCGCCAGCCCGUAACGGAAUCAGUCACCAGAUGUCAUUCUGUUGCUUGUUUUGCCUGUCUCCUCUCCACCCCCACCCCACCCCACCCCCACCCUGACCCUGACCCUGCCCCUCACCUUCACCCCCACAUUCUUUUUUUUUUUUUCCUUUUCAGACGUUUUUCAAAUAAACAUUUCAGAGGCUCGAAUUUGCUUCAUUUGUAAACUCUGGGAUGUAUGCAGCACCACCGUGGCAUUAUUGUAGAAGCUGAGCUCAAGACUCCACCCAGAGAUGUAAUGGUGGACUUUCACUGGUUUGCGCAUUUGCUGAUAAACCCAGUGCUCGUAAUGUGAAGGUCUGGCUUGUGUAUGAAGGGAGAGGCGCAUUGAAGCUGUGUUAAUGGCAUGUGGCUUCAAGGUGGGCUGAGCCUGAGGAGGGCAAAAAAAAAUACAGAUUAGCAGACAAGGGUGCGAGUUUGCAGAAAAGAGACAUGAACAGUUUUUUUUUUUUGUUUGGUUUUUUUUUUUUUUUUUAAGAACUUUUUUUAAGAACAUCUGUGUAAAGCUUUAGAAUUGUCUUUCGAAUGGUCUCCAUUCAUCAUUCAUUAUCAAUAUUUUUUGACAUUGCUAAAUUGAGAACUAAACUUUCAUGUACCAUUCCUGGGCAUAGAGCGCCCCCCCAGGUGCAUCGCUUUAUUUCUCUACAGACAUUCUGCACCUUGUUUUCGAUGCAGCGUCACUUCCCAUAUAUUUUUUUCUGUUUGUUUUGUUUGCGUUUGAAGCUUGGGCGUGCGAGGCCUCUGACCUGUGAAAGCUACAGAAGUGCUUAUCUAAUGAAAUUGCUUUUAGAUGUAUGGCUGUAUGGCUAAUCCAUGUAAAUGCACAAAUAAAACUAUUUUAAGAAACUAAA